UUGGACUCUCGCUGAACCUCGAGCAGGCAGCAGCAGCAAGGCUGGUGGUGGUGGUGGACGACUGCCACCGAGGAGGUGACCUCGCGCGCAGGCGAGCUCAACCCGGUGGAGCUUCGCUCGCCCGCACUCGGGCCGAGGGUCGUCCACGAAACUUUGGCGGCGGCGGCGGCGUCAUGAAGUGCGGAAGGUCGCGGGCCACGCCGGAAUCGUCGCCCUCGUUGCCACCUCGGGCCCCGCUCGCCGGCGCCGAGGCCUCCCUGAAACGGGCUCUGUCCGUGGCGCGGCGCGACUCCCGGGCGUGGGAUGCGGCCGUGGCGUCGUGCGAGGCCCCCCUCGCCUCGCUGGCCAACCGGGCCGAGCAGCUGCGGUGCCUGCGCGACGUCGACCUGGACGCGACCCCGCUGAGGGAUUUCCCCGAGCUGGGCCCCCGGCUCGGCUACAAGAUCGCCCAGGCCAUGGAGGAGCUGCUGGCCAGGGUGGAGGAGCAGAUGAAGGUUCUGCAGGAGUUGCGGGACCAUCUGAGCGGCGAGUUCGGCACCUGCUGGGCCACAUACGAGAGGGACGCGCCCGCCCUGGCCGUCUGCCUGCAGCGCACGGCCCUGCGGCCAUCGCUGGCCGACAUGCUCGCGUGGCUGCAGGAUGUGGAGCGGAUGCGGCGCCUCGAGUUCAUGAAGCGAAGGCUGCUGCUGCAAAGGGUCGGCGAGGAGGACCUGGGCUACAUCCAGGGCCUCCCACAGGCCUGGGCUCGUCUCUCCUCCAAGCGAGACGGCGACUUCAUUCACGAUGUUCUGCUGAACGUUUCCUUCUUCCUGGACGAGAAUUGAACCGGCUCCAGAUUCGUCUGUCGCACGGUCAAGACCGGACGUCAAAACCGCAUCACUGGCCGUUUGACUGUGACCUUCAGUGUUUUACAAGCAACGAGGUGUACCGAGAAAAAGUUACAUUUUUUAUUCAGGGUAAACUCACACACGGCAGCAAAACGGCAUUCUAAAUAGUUCCCAUAAGGAACUCGUACACAGCAAGGCACACGAUGUGCUAGUUUUUCGCACACAAAG